GUCUCUGCAUGCUUUCAUCAACCAGUUUCAGAAAGAACACAUUUCUGCCUUGUUUGGACCAGUUUGCUCAGAGGCAGCAGAGGUAACUGGUUUGCUAGCUUCUCAGUGGAACAUCCCCAUGUUUGGGUUUGUUGGCCAUACAGCCAAGCUGGAAGAUUCAUUUGUUUAUGACACUUAUAUCAAUCUUGUCACCCCUCUGCAAAUGAUUGGGGAAGUCCUUUAUAAAACUCUCCAGUAUUUUGGGUGGAGGUACGUUGGCCUCUUUGGAAGCUCAAGUGAUGUUUUCACUUGGGCUGAAACAGAGGAGUUGUGGGCUUCUGUAGAAAAUCAACUCAAAAGCAACAUCACCAUCACUGCUAAGGUGAGAUACAACACAAAAGAUCAAAGCCUCCAUCAAGACAAGCUCAACUAUAUAGCAUCAGUUGCCAGAAUUAUUGUUUUAAUCUGCAGUUCUUUGGAUGCAAGAUCUAUUUUGUUAGAGGCCAAGAAACUAGGUAUGACAAAUGGACCAUACGUGUUCUUUGUGCUGCAGCAGUUUGAGGACAAUUUUUUGAAAGAGACUUGGAGUAACGAGAACAGCAGCGUCGUAGAUGCCUAUCAGCCUGUGCUGCUCAUAGCUCUCAGAUCUUACAGAGAAUACAAGACCUAUUCUGAUUUUGUGAAGGAGGUCCACAGCAAGCUGAAGGAGAAGCAGCCUUCGGACAGUUUCUUUUCUUCACACAGAGAGGUAAGUUCUUAUGCUGCUUACCUACAUGAUGCUGUUUUGCUUUAUGCGUUAUCCAUAAAAGAAAUGUUAGAAGGGAAAAAGGACUUCCGUGAUGGAAAGGCCCUUGUCAACAAUUUGAAAGGUUACAACAAAACUCCAAUGUAUGGCAUUACUGGCCCAGUCAACAUUGACGAAUUAGGUGAGAGGAACAUGGAUUACUCUGUGUAUGAUCUCCAGGAAUUUGGCAACUCAGUUCAUUUCAUUCCAGUUCUUAACUUUGAUAGUGACAGGAAAACAAUCAGCCCAACCAGAGAGAUUGACUAUAUCAGUUGGGCAGAUGGAGAAAUACCUAAGGACAAACCACUGUGUGGGUUUCACAAUGAACACUGCAAAACUCCAGUUACCAGUUCAGCCCUGAUUGUUAUGAUAAUUCUGCUGAUAAUAUCAGUAUCGGGGGCCAUUGGUGUGGCAAUGUAUAUGAAGAACCACAAGGGAAACCUUCUAAAUGAUACGUGGUGGAGAAUUAAUUAUGAGGACAUCAUCAUUUUAAAUGAUAAUAAGGGAAACUUCUGUCUGUCUCAAGCAAGCACACCAGUGUCCAAAGAAACAGAGAGCUUUGGCUCCCAUUUGUUUAUGUCUAAUAAUGAUGAUUCUGGACCGAAGAACAAGCAAGGGAAAGAAGUAUUUUACACCACCGCAGGACUUUAUCAGGGAAUUGUUGUCGCUCUCAAAUUCAUUGAUAAUCAAACAGAAGCCUGGAUCCGGAAACCAUCAGUUCUCCAGGAGGUUCGGGUGAUGAGAGAAUUGAGACAUGAGAAUCUGGUGGCCUUCUAUGGGAUAUGUCCUGAAGCUCCAAACAUGUGCAUUGUGAUGCAUUACUGUAAGAAAGGUAGCCUAAAGGAUGUUUUGAUGCAUUCUGAUAUUGAACUGGACUGGAUAUUCAAAAUCUCCUUUGCCUAUGACAUAGUCAACGGUAUGGUGUUCAUUCACAACAGCCCCCUGAAUUCUCAUGGAAACCUAAAGCCCACCAACUGCCUGGUAGACAGUCGCAUGCAGGUGAAGCUGUGUGGCUUUGGGUUGUGGGAAUUAAAAUAUGGAAGGAAAUCUCAGGUAAUGGCAGAAGAGAGCAAUUAUGCAGAGCUUUACUGGACAGCACCUGAAUUGCUAAGAAUGGCAGAAUAUCCAUUACAUGGCACCCAGAAGGGGGAUGUGUACAGCUUUGCUAUUAUUAUGAGAGAACUGAUAUACAAUCAUGAAGACGGUCCAUUCCAUGACCUAAGCCAGAAUGCAGAAGAGAUAAUAAAAAGAAUCCGGGACCCUAAUUCUUCUGUUCCACUGCGCCCUUCUGUUUCAACACAGAAAUGUAAUGAAAGGAUCAUCGCACUUUUGAAGGCAUGUUGGGAUGAAUAUCCAGAGAGGAGGCCAACAUUCUUCAACAUCAAGAGAGCACUGAGAGAUGCCAGUCCACAAGGAAGUCAUUUCGGUAUCUUGGACAACAUGGUGAAUAAACUGGAAAAAUAUGCAAAUCAUCUGGAGGAAGUGGUUGAGUCAAGGACAACUCAGCUGAUGGCAGAGAAGAAGAAGACAGAAAAGCUUUUAUCAGCUAUGCUACCUGGUUUCAUUGGAGAACAACUUGUUGCUGGGAAAUCAGUGGAACCCGAGAGCUUUGAUUCAGUCUCCAUCUUCUUCUCAGACAUUGUUGGCUUCACCAAGCUAUGCUCUCUCAGCUCUCCAUUACAGGUUGUCAAUCUCCUCAAUGACCUGUACAGUCUGUUUGAUAACAUCAUUAAAAACUACGAUGUCUACAAGGUUGAAACUAUCGGAGACGCCUAUAUGGUUGCUAGCGGCCUCCCCAUUCGCAACGGGAAGAAACAUGUUGAGGAAAUUGCUACCAUGUCUUUGCACUUUCUCAAUGCAAUCAUUUCCUUCAAGAUUAGGCACAUGCCGAAUGAGAAACUGAGCCUGCGUAUUGGUAUUCAUACAGGCCCAGUUGUUGCAGGUGUGGUAGGGAUCACACGGCCACGCUACUGUCUGUUUGGAGACACAGUGAAUGUGGCUUCAAGGAUGGAAAGUACCAGCUUACCUCUCCAAAUCCAUGUCUCUAUGAUCACAGCAAAUGUUCUCCAAAUGAUUGGAGGUUAUGAUUUGCAGGAAAGAGGAACCAUAAGAAUAAAGGGCAAAGGACAGCUAAGAACGUUUUGGCUGAAAGGAAAGGUUGGAUUCCAUCUGGCCCUACCAGAGUUUGGCAGUGAUGUAGAAAGCGGCCCAAAGGGAAAUGCAGAGGUAGAUAUGUAG